AUGCGGGUGGAAUGUUGUGUUGUCUGGCCUGCAGUUUGGUGUCAUACCCUAUGUCAUCAGGAUGAGGAUGAGCCGACCGAGGUCAAACCCCAUGUCUACAAGGGGCAGGUUCUGCGACUGCUGGAGUUCGGUGCCAUCAUUUCUUUGGAAGGCCACGGAGACGGAUGGAUUGAUCCACGGGAGCUCCAGGAGAGCUGUGAAGAAAUCAUUCGAGCAGCUGACCUUUUGAAGAGGAAUCAGGCUUGCUUCGUGCGAAUCAUAGGGGUUGGCAGUGGUGGGAUGCUGAAGCUAUCCCUUCGUGGAGUGGAUCAACGCACGGGCAAGGCAAGGCAAUUUGCCGUACAGCCCGAACUUUCAACCCCGCGAAGUUCCAGGCCUUCGGUGAACACGGCCCCGCCAUCUCCGCAAGAUGUUUUGGAGGAGUGGGACGAGCAUCAGGAUAGAGAUGGCGAAAUGACAUUGGAUGCUCGCGGGAGGACCAAUGAGAAGUUCGAUAAAUUGGUCAAAGACAUCCAAGACCGCUUCGAGAUGGCAAGGCGACAGGCCCUGACAUCUUUCGAAAAAGCAGCCCAGACCGAAUGGAUGAAGGCUACGUUGGAAUUGUCGAAGGCCUUGUGCAUGCUGGACUUGUAUCCCCCCGAGCAGAGACAUGAGUCCUGGAAGCAGUGCAUGUCAGAGGUGUACGCGAACAGAUCGCACGCGCAUCUGCAACUGAUGCAGUGGGCGUUAGCAGAGGACGACUGCGCAAACAGCCUCCAGAUGAACCCCGAGGCUGAUGAGCAAUUUGUGGCGCAAGUGCGCUACCGGCGCGCGGUAGCCUCCGAGAAGCUCGGAAACUUGAUGCAGGCGUUGGAGGAUGCUGAGAGCGUGCUGCGUUUCAAGCCUGACAGCGAGGCCAUGAGUGCGAUGAGAAAUCGUAUUGUCACGUGUGUGGCUUCUCGCAUCGAUGUGCAACUAGCAGCAACUGAGGAUCCGGAGAUUCGCCACCGUUUGUGGAAAUCCCUAAUGCUGAAAUGGCAUCCUGACAAGAAUCCGAAUGUGGUGACGGCUGCUGGAGAGGUAUGCAAGCGCCUCAACGCAUGGAGGCCUUCCAGAGCCGGGAAGUGA